AUGGAGGUAGAGACUGUGACGCCAUCUGCCGCGGAUGAACCGGAUUCAUCCGAGGGCAAGGAACAUCUCGAGGAAACCUUGUCCGAUGACGAGAGGCUACCGGUACCUGAUGGUGUGAAGGUGGAGACUGUGACGCCAUCUGCCGCGGCUGAAGACGAACCAGAUUCAUCCAAUGGUAAGGAACCCCCCGAGAAAACCUUGUCCGAAGAGGAGAAGCUGCUGGAUGAUUUGAAACAGGUCAACGAAGGUUUUUGUCAGCUCUUCGGUUUGGACCAACAAGAAACCAACUUCACCUGGGAGCACUUUUUCGUCGCACACUGUGGCAUCCUGAAGGAGGAUGCCUUGGAAUACGAGCGACACCUGAUUGCUCAUCGCCUGAGCCCCGAGGAUACACUACUGGAGUCCCUCGGAAUUCUUGUCGAGUACGGUCGAAUCCCUGUAGGGGACAAGCUCAAAAUUUCCAAAACGAUGCAGAGGCAAGAGGAUAGCUUUAGAGCCCAGGAGGAGCAGGCAAAAAAGAACACCAAGGUUCUCGGCUUGGAAAAGUAUACAGAAUUUCAAGCACGCCAGAUCAUAUCACUCGGUGGUGGCACGUCGAAGUAUGAGAUCGAAUGGGGAAUCGAGCAAUUUGAAGAUGGCAUGUUGGAACUUGAGAAACUUGUUGCGGAGGCAAUGAUGAAGAACCCUGAGGCCCGAGAAGGGUUCAUGGCCGGAGCAAGCAUGGGUCGAAAGGAAAGAGACCCUGCCAUGAAACUGUUGCGAUCUUUCGGGUACAAGACGUUUGACUACACGAAGGGCAAAUCCGUCACCCAGCCAACGGCGCAAACACAGCCAGUUUCAGCUAACCCUCUCCUCGAAGACUUGCUGUUUGGCACCGCCAAGAGUGAGGAAGACGACAGGAGAGCCGCAAGACUGGAGAUGUACGCGUAGCGUCGUCAUCUGGUGGAAUGUCCGUAGAAAUUGUUUGUCAUGUUCAAGUUUCUUGAGGUUUCUUGUUCCGUCAACACCAGCACUCGACGAGAUACCGUCCAUCCUGCAGAUUAGGUAUUGUCGAGAUUUAGAGGUUCCCGCGGAGGGCUCGUGACAUUGAAUAGUUCAACACGUGUCUCAUAAGCUGAACGAAGAGGCAUCGCCGCAACAUCAGGUGCCCUGCUUGUACCUAGCUAGUCGCAACCAUACCCCAACCAACGUGCCCCUUGUAGCAUUGUAUGUCUUGGUUGACUUUUGAUGAAUGUCUCAGCAUAUACUCCAGAGAAGACAAGAACCACACUCAUUGCAACAAAAAUUGUGUCUAGAGUUGAGUCACAGACAGCAUUCUGCACCACCUUAGACCUGAAGAAUACAAUCGUCUUCGCUUGAGGGACUAAGCGCGUUGCGGUGUCUAGCUAGCUAUCCCACAGUUGUAACUUUCCCCUUGCUCGUCGCUCCAAUCAAGGUCGAGCCAUCAGACUGGUUGUCUUGGCUCUGUACCCUGAACUCGGGUUGUAUGUUGGUCGUUGGCUCAUGGUUGGCACUCUGUCAUUGUUGUUGAAACGAAGCUUGAAGACAUAUCUCCUCGAAAAGAGUAUCCCAAUAGUUGCUGCUUUCUGCACUGGAACGCUCGUCUCUCCACGACGAGACCCACUAGGAAAAUGAAGGUGCAGCCGCAGCAAAGGUAGGCACAAAUUAGAAGUCUUUGAACGCAACCUGCUCUGCUGUUGUCAAUGGCUUUGUCUUGGGUGGCAACUCAUUUUCGAGAUCUUGAUAGUUUUCAAAGUGAGAAGCAUCAAGUGCGUUCUUGAUCUUUGGUUUCCAAGGUACCGGAAACUGUUUUCGUAGCAGCUUGUCAACGUUGAUGACACUGAACCAUUUGUGGUUUCGAAUGUCGUCUUCUCCACUGGCCAUGCAUCCCAAGCGAUCUGCUUGUCUGUGUGUCAGUAGCCUCUUGAUCAAAUCUUCUGCCUGCUCAUGAACAAUGCCCUCUGGAAACUCAAAGCUUGCCUGAACUAUCCGUUUGAACAGGCUCACCUGGUCAGUUCCUUCCGAAUAGAACGGUGACACUCCAACUAUCAUCUCAAAUAUGAGUGCACCGUACGCCCAAUAAUCCACUCCUUUGUCAUGACCCUUUGAAACAAUGAUUUCAGGUGCCAAGUACUCUGGCGUCCCGCAAAGUGUGUACGUUUUGUCGACAACCACCUUGGCAAAACCAAGAUCCACAAGGACCGUGUAGCCCCAUUGAUCAAUCAACACGUUCUCGGGUUUUAAGUCCCUGUAGCAGAUGUUCCUGCAAUGCAAAUGUGACAUUGCUUCCAAGAUGCACGCCGCAUAGAAGCGGGCGUUUCCGUUUGGGAUUCCAUCUCGUUUCUCGGAAUGAAUCACGGAGAAGAGUUCACCACCUUGAACGAGGUCAAUUAACAUGUAGAGGUGGCACUCAUCUUGAAACGUCGAGACGAGAUCAAUGACAAAGGGAUGAUCUAACGAAGCCAUGAUAUUCUUCUCACGUAACACUCCAUCUAUUUGAUGAUGCCCCAUGAUCUCACGUUUGUCAAGUUGCUUCAGUGCAUAUGGUUUGCUGGUCUUUUUGUGGUUGACGAGCCACACAAUUCCAAAUGUACCGACUCCAAGGAUGCGCGUCUUCUCCAAAUCUUUAAAGCGGAUGGAUCGGUCCAUAGUGGCGGAAACAUUGGUCAAUGGUUCGCCCAGCCUGGCAAUAUUUCCAAGGACGCCUUCGAUAUCGUGCUUGGAUAGAACCACACAUUUUGUCGCCUGUUUGACAGUGAUGGAUUGGUUACUCAAGCAACCAUCUGGUUCCUUGAGGUAUCGGUCACCAAAGUAGUCUGCAUCUUUCAAUAUUUUGACCAUUCCAUCCUGGUUGACCACAGCAACCUUUCCAUGCAAAAUGACAUAGAGAUUCUGUAUCAGUGGUUUUCCUUUCUCGGCCAAGACAGUGCCUGGCUGGAAGGUGGUCUCGACAAUAAGUUCCGUAAGACGAGCCAUUUCAAAUUGUUGUAGUUUGGAGUCGGCAAAGACGGGAACACCCAUGAGUGCCCGCUUUUUCAUGGCUCGAUCAAUGGCUCCCUGCAGCGGGCCCAGCACCUGCUGAAAGGUUUCUCGUGAGAGGCACAGGCAGAUGCAAGUGCUCGUGGCAGUCACAUGGGCAGCCCGGGGAUCCCCCGUCAAGAGUGCUCGUUCUCCAAAGUAAUCUCCUGCUUUGAGGGAUAUUUCAAUCGAUGCACUAUCCCCAAAGCCAAUGUCAUGCACCUUUGCCGUUCCUUCUUGAAUAAUGUAGAAAUUCUCCCCCACAUCUCCCUUGUUGAUGAUCCGUCCACCUUCCGGAUAGCUCUUGGCCACAAAGGCAUCUGACAGUUUGAUGAGAUCCAGCUUGUCCAAAUCUGUCAAGAAGGGUACCUUUUGAAGAAUAUGAUGCACGUCCUUUUUCUGGCUAUUGGUACUAUUGGCGAGAAUGUAUCGGAAUGUUUUCUGGUCCACUUUCCACAGUUCACAUUCCGUAUGCGCCAAACAAGUUGCCGCUCGAGGGGAAUCAUAGAGCAACGCCAAUUCUCCAAACGCUCCACCACGGGAACACGAACCGACAUUGACACUGUCGACUUCAAAAUUGACCGUUCCCUGUUCCACUACGUAAAAGUAAUCUCCCGUUUCUCCUUGUUUGAUAAUUUGCGUUUUCGCCGGGACGGUUUCGCAUUUCAUGGCAUCAAUCAUGGUCCGUCGUUCUUUGGGGGCCAAACUGGCAAAGACAAAAUUAUCUUCCAUAAUCCCAUCAAUGAACUGAAUGGCCGUGGCAGAUUUGGGAAAGACGGGGGUUUCAAAGUUGGUUUCGGCUUCAAUGUCGAGGGAUUGGGCAAAAAUGUUUUGACGAUUCUGUUUUGGCGCACGGACAUUCCGUUCGCUGGCAGGCGCCGUGUUGGUCUCUCCAUCUUGAGGUGAGAUUUUGCCUUUGGAGCCCUGAUAAUGAUAAUGAAGGAAUGGAAAGGAAACAAAAGUGUCAGGAGAUGCCAACUAGCCAGGACCACUCUGGAAGUACUACUAUGGGCGCACCUUGGUUCGUUUGAGUCCUUCUCGGCGUUUCCCGGCAUCACUUCCUUGUGGCGUUGACGGCCUUGGAGAUUGCUUCAAAGAGGGCUUGGAAGAAGCCUUGGACUUGCCUCCUUUCUUCCGCAAGAUACCCUUCAUUGUCACAACGAAAACAUGGGUAGCAACAGCAGCAACCUUGACAGGAAUGAUGGAUG